AUGCUUCCUUAGAUUAAUUCAUGUCUCGUAGUUGGUUAAACUUCCUUCAGAGGAAAUGAAUCCCCAUUCCUUCAAAGAAUGAAGUAUAUUGAGCCUCGAGGUAGAUCUUUUGCUCCUUUGGAGAUUAAUAUAAAAAGUAAUGAGGGGCUUUUAUAAGAUGACUAAAACAGAUUAACUCAGCUAGUUACAAAAUUUGAAUAACGAAGAUUAAGAUCACUCAUUAAAGAGCCUAGUGAUAAGGAGGACACCGGAUUCUACUCAAAAAUACAAGGAUAUCAAGCUAAACCAAAAGUUUAUAAUAAAAGAAAUUAUGAUUUCUUAGCUGCAACAUUAAAAUAGAAUUCAAUUCAGAAAACUUUAGCAUAUACAAUUGAGCUAGAUGAUGACAAGAAUGAUAUAUCACCAAUAGAUGAUUAAGUACUCUCAACUAAUACAGACAGUCUAAGACCAGUUACGAAUGUAAAAGAAAAAGAAAAACUCCAAAAUAUGAUUAAGUAGAGUAAAUUUCUAAUGACUCCACUUGAGCUUAAGCAAUUGAAAGACACUAUUAGAAUUUCAUAGUAAGGAAUCCAACUCAUGUAAGAUAGUCAGUUUAAUGAUACUAACAUAACCAAGAACUACAAUACAUCCAAUGGCUUUUUUUCCUCAAGAAGACGCUAAACUUUCUUGUCUCAUAAACCCUCGCUAGUUCAAUAAAAGAGUAAUGUCUAAAUACCAAAGUUAUCUCCUAGAUUAAAAGAUCUUUAUAAUUCACAUUCUCAGGAACUUAAAUAGAUAUUAAUGAAUAAGCUAAACUCAAGUUCAGUCAGAGAUCUUUAAAUGACUAAACUUACACAAUAGGUGGAUGAGAACUAAACUUAAGAUUUAGCAGAUAUUAUUGACGAAUAGUAUGACGAGACUAGCAGCAUUAUAAAUCAUCAAGACUAAAAUAAAACAGAGAUUAAUCUUGCUAGAGAGCAAAUCCUGAAUCCAUAUAACAACAUAUACUCCUUUAACAUUGACACAAUAAAUGAUAAAAUCUACUUUUAAAGAGUCGAAAAAGAAACUUCUAAGGGAAGAGAUGGUUCAAAUCCAAGAUAAAGUGAUGGCUAGGGCGGAUUUGCUAAUCUUACCUCCUAGGGCUUUAUCCAAGAUUAUGAUAAACCUAACAAUGAAAAUCAGAAAUAUAUGCCAGGUCAAUAAACUAUAAUGGGUCUUCCUGAGAAUCUGAAUGAAAUUUAUCCACAAAUUAAAUCUCCAUAAACCACUAAAAAGGAAGAAAUAAAAGAUAAAGAUAUUGAGCUCCACUAUAGGCUUAAGCAAAAAUUCUCAGGUUCAGUAGAUAUGGCAAUAAAUUAGCUUGAUAUUUAGUAUUUAGACGAGAAUCUUGAAAACAGAAAGAAAGAAGAAGCAAAGAAAUUUAUUGGAGGUAGAAAGAUGAAAAUCAAAAUUCCAUAAUAAGAUGAAUCGAAGUAACAAGCUAAAGAUUUGAUAGAUGAAUAUGCUUACAUUAAGGAUGAACAGUCAGCAGGGAGAGCUUUGGAGGGAAUAUGGAUGAGUUAUACGGGGGAAGGUUAAUUCCCUUCGUCAAGAGAAGGUGCAGGUGCAGUAGCUAUUGAUGAUAAAAUAUAUCUUCUCUUUGGAUUUUAAAAUUCUAUCUUCGAUGAUGUAAGAGUAAUGGAUACAAGAACUUUAAAGUGGGAAAACUUAACUAACUCUCUGACAGGGUAAAAACCAGACAAAAGAUUCAACUUUAGCUAUGGAAAGUAUAAGAAUAAUAUAGUAUUAUAUGGAGGUGCUUCAAACUACCUGAGCAGGAUCAAAUAAAGGGAGACAUUUAAUGACAUUUGGAUGCUAAGCCCUAGAACUGAGGAUACAAUAUCUAAAUAAUCUUAAUGGAUAUAAUUGCCGUCAGUGGAACAUACCCCUCAGAGAUCAAUGAUGCAUGAUGGAGAUGUUUAUGGCAGUUAAUUUGUUAUCUUUGGUGGUAUGACUAAAGAAAAGACAGUGAUAGAUCAAAUGUUAAUUUACGAUCUUGAAGCGCUAACUUGGGUGAGUGCAGUUUAAAAUAAGAAAAAUCCAGGCAUUACGCUAGGCCCUAAAUUUAUGCACAGUCUUACAGCAGUUAUUUAUGAUAAACCUCAAAAAUCAAUACCUUAGCAAGUUUCUGAAAUGGACUCUGAAUUUGAAAUGAAAUCUUACUAUUAGACAAAGUCUAACUUUAAUAAUACUACAGUUGCGACAUCCUCAAGCUAGAUUUACUCCAGAAUCAUGUGGGUAGAGUGCCUUAAAAAUGAUAAAAAUGGAAUUUCAGGAUUGUAUUUAUUUGGUGGAAUGGAUCAUCUCGGAGAAGUAAGCAAUGAAGUUUGGCAUAUCAAACCUUCUUAUCAUAAAAAUUUGGAUAAUCUUUAACCUAAUACCUUUGAAUUCAGAGAAAAUUUUGAAAAGAAAUUAUUCUAUGAUGUUUAAAAAGUAGAAACAUAAGGCAGGCCCCCACUUCCAAGAUAUUAACAUAAGACAGUAUUUUUCUAAGGGAAAUAUCUUUUAAUACACGGAGGGAGAAAUAACAAGGAAGCAUAUGAUCAGACAAGAAAUGUUGCAUUGAAUGAUAUGGCUUUAUUAGACCUAGAAAGAAAAACCUGGUGUGUUAUUUCCAUGCUUGGGGAUAUCCCAGUUAGUAGAUGGAAUCAUAAUUUGGUAGUUGUAGAAUCUGAUAAGUUAUUUAUGUUUGGAGGUCAAAAUCUUCUCAGCUUCUGUAAAGCUACUGUCAGUUGUUUCUUUACAGAUAAGAAAAAAGUUAGUAGAGAGGUACAGAGACUACAUUAAGAAAAUGAAGAAAACAAAAUUGAACUCAAGAAGUAUAAAUUCGUUUGA